AUUACUAUCCAGGUCCAGUGUCAGGGAAGUUCACGACAAGUGGUUCCUGUGUUAGUUACGAGGAUGUCGGUAUCACUGGUUAAACCCCCAUUGAAUGCUGCCGUGUUUGGGGAGGGCCCCCAUUGGGAGGUGGCCACACAGUCCCUUCUCUACGUGGACAUGACAGACAAGGCGAUACACCGAUGGAAUGCUGUCACGGGCAUUGAUGAGGUGGUUAAGCUUGACAUAGAUGGUCGCCCAAGUUUAGUUAUUCCAAGUCAGAGCGGCGGAUACGUGGUCACUCAUGGAACAACAGUCAGUCAUCUCGAAUGGUCAAGCGGUACUUUAACAACCCUGGGAACCCUCGAUGGUGUGGAGAGUGAAAUCAAAGUGACUUUUAAUGACGGCAAAUGUGACAGCAGGGGGCGCCUUUGGGCAGGUACCUUUCCCGCCGAUGUCAAAGAUAUCAUGAAUAUCACUCCAAACCAAGGCUACUUGGUCAGUGUGGCUAGAGGCAGUGUCCAAAAACAGGCUGAUAAAAUAACCUUAUCCAAUGGCAUGGCCUGGAGUGCGGACGAACGGACUCUGUAUUUCAUCGACUCCAUCCCUAGGGAGAUAUUGGCCUUUGAUUUUGAUGUCAACACUGGAAAAUUAUCCAAUCGGCGUGUGGCUGUGGCGUUCCCCCCGGACAGUAGAGAGACGCUAGGCAUGCCUGAUGGUAUGACAAUCGACACGGACGGUAAACUAUGGGUGGCGUGUGUGAUGGUAGGGAAGGUGGCUUGCUUCGACCCUGAGACAGGGAAGAUGCUGAGAACGAUUCAGUUCCCAGUCAAAGGUAUCACAUCGUGCUGUUUUGGUGGGGAAAACAUGGACGAGAUGUAUGUUACGAGCGCAUUUAGGGAACAGUUUGGGGACGAGACUGGUGGAGCAACCCCUCCAGGUUCCGUUUUCAGAGUAACCGGCCUCGGGGUGAGGGGACGCCCAGACUACGUGUAUCAAGAUACUCACUGACCUGUCCCGGAUCUCAGGCCACUCACCUUUUUGUUCUAAGAAGCUAUUCACGUGAUGCUCUGUGUAUCUGUCAAUGCUUAUGAUUAUAAAAGAACGAUUCACACA